CCUCCUCUAAGAUGGCGGCGGCGCCGCGGAGGCCCCGCCUCACAUUACGCUGAGAGCGGGCGGAGGCCGCGGGAGCGCCGCAACAUGGCGGCGGCUGGCGGCGGCGGCGGCAGCCGGGCGGAUAACGGCUACGGCAGCCAGCAGCCGCGGCGGAGGAAGGGUCCGGGCGCGCUGGCCACGGCCUACCUCGUUAUUUACAACGUGGUGAUGACGGCGGGAUGGCUUGUUAUUGCAGUUGGGCUGGUUCGAGCAUACCUGGCUAAAGGUAGCUACCAUAGCCUUUACUACUCAAUAGAAAAGCCCCUGAAAUUCUUCCAAACGGGAGCUUUGCUUGAGAUUCUGCACUGUGCACUUGGCAUUGUUCCCUCUUCUGUUGUUCUGACUGCUUUCCAAGUGAUGUCAAGGGUUUUCCUGACCUGGGCAGUAACACAUAGUGUGAAAGAGGUACAAACGGAAGAUAGUGUCCUGUUGUUUGUAGUGGCCUGGACAAUCACUGAGAUAAUCCGUUACUCUUUUUAUACCUUCAGCUUGCUAAACCAUCUCCCUUAUCUCAUAAAAUGGGCCAGGUACACUUUGUUUAUAGUGUUGUAUCCAAUGGGAGUCUCUGGUGAAUUGCUCACAAUAUAUGCUGCAUUACCCUUCGUCAGGCAGUCUGGCUUGUAUUCCAUUAGUUUACCUAACAAGUACAAUUUCUCUUUUGACUACUAUACAUUCCUCAUCCUGGUUAUGAUCUCAUACAUUCCAAUCUUUCCCCAGCUCUAUUUUCAUAUGCUACAUCAGAGGCGAAAGGUGCUUUCCCACACCGAAGAACACAAGAAGUCGGAGUAAUUCCAGUUCUUUCAGAACUUUUCAAACAUCAAAAUGCUGCAGUUUUUCAAUACCAAGCAUAUUUAUAAUGAAUAUACCAAGAUAAACUAAGUCAGAGGUAAAAGACCAAUAAUUUAGCAAGAAUAACCAAUAAAUGUGAUUUCACUGAAAUUCUACGAUGUACAACAUGCAAAUAAUUUUCAGCUUGCAGUGCUUCAGAAAACUUCUAAACUUUAUAUGGCUUGGCAGGUAGCCUUUUACUUUUCCUUAAGUGAUAUGCUAAAAUGGUUUUAAUUUACAACUAAAUGCCUGAAGGUUACAGUAUGAGUGAUGAAAUUGUACCCACUAAAUGCUUGAAUUGGGAUUAUAUCACUGAUACCUCCUCUUUUUUUUUUUUGAAGUGUUUGACUGCAUGCCAGAAAUUGUAUGUAUUGCUGUGGAAGCAAACAAUAUGCUCUGGAAUGCUUUAGGAUUUUGUCAGAGACUCCAGCGGAGAAUGUAAUCCGGGCAGUGUUUGAAUUUAGAAAGGUAGGUUAUGUAUUUAAAAGGUGGUGAGAACAAGAACAGGAAAGCAAUUACGGGAAAUGAGUGGAAUGUGGUUCGUUAAGAAUUUAAACAGUAGGGUGUCUGACCAGAGUGCGUUCUUUGAAGAUCUUGUGUAAGCUGAUUACUCAAAUGCUAAUGUUAAUUCAGAGGCUAUAGUGCUUAUCUGAAACAGUAAAACUCUAAAUACUGCAGCCCUGGAUAUUUUAUUAAAUGUUAAAAACAUAAAAAAUACUAACUGUAAUAUUUCUAGUGAUAUCAGUAAUUAAACAAAAUAUGGAGGCAGGUCACCCAGAAAGGGGUGCAGUUCUCCCUUUUUGACUUUAAAUUCUCAUCUCUGAUCAUUGUCCACUAUUUCAGUGGUACUCAUCUUUCAGUGCUAAGAACUAUUUGGUCUACUGUGGAGUCACUUGAGGGCUUUGUUCCUCAACAUGACUUUUCUUAAGUGACUAAUGUGUAUUGCUUGGGCACAUCCAAACAGGUGCUUCCAAGCACUCAGCUUCUGAAAUGUUGCAAAAACCCUAAAUCAUAAGUCCUUUUUUUGAAAGCAUAUUAUCUCAUGUGUUACAUUCUGCUUUUGCAGAUUGGACAAGCUUUUCCUCCUCUAAUCUUUUGAAAGAGCAGAAGAGCUUAGAAAGGUAGAUUUUCUAAGGUCUUUGAUUUGGGUUCUCAGGCUAAACCUUGGGAAGGUACAGCAGAAAAUGAAAGGAGUGAGGAAGUCAGUGGUGAAGCAGAAUCCAGUAAUGCUGUGUGAACAGUGGCCCAAUUUAUGAACAGACUGUACUGGGAGGGGGUGAGAAAUGGAAGGGACGAAGUGGCCUGGGAGAUGAAUGGACAUGCAAGCAAAGGCAAAAGGAAACGUAGCUAAUAGUCUUUGCUCUGUCAUGUAUCGAAAACAAAAUAGUACUGACCUUACCCCACCAGAGCCACUAGACAGCAAGACAGGGGCUUCUCUGACUUCCCUCUUGCAACAUCAUGAUUUAAUGCAUCAAUCAGGUGUGACCAGGAUACCUGCAAUACUAGUCUUGUGCUAUGCCUGCCAGCACCUACCUCCCCCUGGACACGAUCCACAUCUGUGUCCCAAUUAUUUGUGCUCCCAGUUCUCCCUAAACAUAGGGCAGUAAAUAUUAAGUGCACUGCCUCUUUGUUCUAGUACUGGGGGAGAGCUGCAUUUACAAUACACUUCUUUUUGUAUUUGUCAGAGCUAUAUUUAAGAAAAAAAAAAAACACUAUUUUUCAGUAACUUCUUUUGUCUCCAUCAAAAAGUCUUACUGAAUAUCCCUAGCACUCAGUAAUGUGUAACACCUUGUGUUCAACACAAAUGAGUCUGGUGUAGGGUAGGAGACAGUAACGAUAUUUGCUUCUAUGUUAAACUUCUUGCAGACAGUUGUUGACAGUAAUCAAAAAUACUGUAGCAACAUGCAACCUCAGAGUGGUUUUUGCCUUCAAAGAUGCAACAAAUCAAAUUCAUUUCUGUUAGGCUAUGUAUUUCUUUGUUCCGGUUAUCUGUGAGAAAUGUUGCAUUAUACAUAACUCAUUGCGUGAAAGUGUAAACUUCCACCUCUGAACAAAACAUCUGCUUGUACAUAGAGGUUAGGGGCAGCAUUUCUGAAGAAUGUCAUCUAAAAGAUCCGAUUUCAUGAUGUACUCAGGUUACUGGAUGUUGUGGAUGCCUAGCUCAUGAAGUUUGCUUUUGUUUGAUUCUGUGCCUAAAUACAAGAUUCGGAUUCAAGUUUGUAGUUCCACAUCGCAGAAGAAGUAAUGUGUAAUAAUCCUGUAUGAAACAAACUCUAUUGAUGGGAAUGGUGUACGGAUCUGUAGGAGGUAGCACAAGCACUACAGAGAAGCAGGGAGACCUGCCAGUAGGGAGAAGGUUUGUACAACCAGCCUCUCUACUGAGUAAGCUUUAUUAUGAAAUAGUUAAUGGAAAAUUAUUAAUUGGCCUUUAGCUUUUUAAAGAAAAAGGAGUUCCUUUUCCUUCUAAAAGAAAAAUUAAAGGAAGUUACUUUGAUAGUUGGAAAUCUUGUCCAAAAAGUAAUUAAAGAAACCCUAUCUUCUGAAGUAUGAAACAUUUAGUAUACACAAUAAUACUAGCACUUCAGCUUACAGUGCGUUUUCAAGUUAAGUUUCCCUGGAAAUCACUGGAAGGUGAUCCUGAGUAAGAACUGUAGUGCAAUUCCCUGAUAUUGCUGGGGUUUUUCCUAAUGCUGACUGAUCAAAUGUGAGGUUUUUUCUUAUAAAAUAUGGACAAUUUUCCCCUUUUCUGUCACUGAAAUUGUAAUGUGGUAUGUGAACUUUAUAAUAAAAGUGUUGAUUAGUACUCUUUAACAAAUCUAGAAGUUUUUUUUUUUUUUUCCACGAACUAUUUACUUGGCUUGCAUGUUUUCUGUGAGCAUAACCGAACUGCUGCAGCAGACAUGUUUUCUGCCUUGGUAGUCUUUGGGUUGCGUGCGCUAGUUCAGGCAACAAUACCUUGUUCUACCAUGCCAGGUUUGACCAUGUUAGUCAUUACCUUCUAAAAGACCAAGGUUCUUACCAGUGUAUAGUUUACAACUGGAAUUGUAGAAAUGUUCAUAUUGUAAAUUACAGUAAGAUGCAGACUACGGUAAAUCGUAAUUUUUCACAAUGUGAUGUUUCUAUCCAAGUUUUUUUAUUUAUCACCAGAAAGGUUGGCAUUUGUGUGGACCAAUCUGCAGUGUCAUUUUAAAACCUAUUUUUCAUCUUAAAAUUUUCAUGAGUAUACAUCAAAUCGUGUGCUUUGAUGUAUAUUUGUUUGUGAAAUUUGGGUAAAAACUAUAUAUAGUCAUUUUUGUAUUUUUUUCUAUGUUGUGAAGAAUAAAAUUGUAAUUUUAUAAGUCUGAUUCACUAAGAUUAUUAUAAGUUAAAUGUAUUUUUUGUAUAUUAGGAAUCUGGUAUUACCUGGAGCUCUGAAAGGUUAAGCAAAGACUUUUUAUGCAUGUUUGAAAGAUAUUUCUACUUGACCAUGCGGCGAAAUGGUUUGUAUGCAAAAAUACUAGUCUGUGUUGUUGCCUUGUGAAAUUGAUUCUGUGUUCUCUGCCUGGAUUUGGUCUACUGACCAGUGAUACUAAUUGCUAUAAUCCAAAUAAAAUAAUUCCAAACAAAA